GGGAUGGGCGCCCGGUCCCGGAGCCAGGGUGGCACCGCUCGCUGAAAGAGCCCUUAGCUGGGCUUGUGGCGGGACGGGUGCCCGCCCUGAGCUGUGAGCGACGUGUCCCUUUUCUCUUUUUGUGCCAAGGUUUCCCUCCGCAGGCGCGAUGCAGCGGGCGGCGGCGCUGGUCCGGCGGGGCUACGGCCCCCGGACCCCGGGCCCCUGGGGCCGGAGUCGCAGCAGCGCGGCCGCCGAGGCCUCAGCGGUGCAGGAGCGGCCGGAGCGCAGCCAGCGCGAGCGCAUCCUCACGCUGGAGUCCAUGAACCCGCAGGUGAAGGCGGUGGAGUACGCGGUGCGGGGACCCAUCGUGCUCAAGGCCGGCGAGAUCGAGCUGGAGCUGCAGCGGGGCAUCAAGAAGCCGUUCACAGAGGUCAUCCGGGCCAACAUCGGGGAUGCCCAGGCCAUGGGCCAGCCGCCCAUCACCUUCCUCCGACAGGUAAUGGCACUCUGCACCUAUCCAAACCUGCUGGACAGCCCCAGCUUCCCAGAAGAUGCUAAGAAACGUGCCCAGCGGAUCCUACAGGCUUGUGGAGGGAACAGCCUGGGGUCUUACAGCGCUAGCCAGGGUGUCAACUGCAUCCGUGAAGAUGUGGCUGCCUACAUCACCAGGCGGGAUGGUGGCGUGCCUGCGGACCCAGACAACAUUUACCUGACCACUGGGGCUAGUGAUGGCAUUUCUACAAUUCUGAAGAUCCUCGUCUCUGGGGGUGGCAAGUCACGGACCGGUGUGAUGAUCCCUAUCCCGCAGUAUCCCCUCUACUCAGCGGUCAUCUCCGAGCUUGAUGCCAUCCAGGUGAACUACUACCUGGACGAGGAGAACUGCUGGGCCCUGAAUGUGGAAGAGCUCCGGCGGGCAGUACGAGAGGCCAAAGGCCACUGCAACCCCAAGGCACUGUGUGUCAUCAACCCCGGGAACCCCACAGGCCAGGUACAAAGCAGAAAGUGCAUAGAAGAUGUGAUUCACUUUGCCUGGGAAGAGAAGCUGUUUCUCCUGGCUGACGAGGUGUACCAGGACAACGUGUACUCUCCGGACUGCAGAUUCCACUCAUUUAAGAAAGUGCUGUAUGAGAUGGGGCCCGAGUAUUCUGGCAAUGUGGAGCUGGCCUCCUUCCACUCCACCUCCAAGGGAUACAUGGGCGAGUGCGGCUACAGAGGAGGCUACAUGGAGGUGAUCAACCUGCACCCCGAGAUUAAGGGCCAGCUGGUGAAGCUGCUCUCCGUGCGUCUGUGCCCUCCAGUGUCAGGACAGGCUGCCAUGGACAUUGUCGUGAACCCCCCAGUGCCAGGAGAGGAGUCCUUUGAGCAGUUCAGCAGGGAGAAGGAAUCAGUCCUGGGUAAUCUGGCCAAAAAAGCAAAGCUGACAGAAGACCUGUUUAACCAAGUCCCAGGAAUUCACUGCAACCCCUUGCAGGGGGCCAUGUAUGCCUUUCCUCGGAUCUUCCUCCCUGCCAAAGCUGUGGAGGCGGCUCAGGCCCACAAGAUGGCCCCAGACAUGUUCUACUGCAUGAAGCUCCUGGAGGAGACCGGCAUCUGUGUUGUGCCUGGCAGCGGCUUCGGGCAGAGGGAAGGCACCCACCACUUCAGAAUGACCAUCCUCCCUCCAGUGGAGAAGCUGAAGACGGUGCUGCAGAAGGUGAAAGAUUUCCAUGUGAAGUUCCUGGAGAGGUUUGCAUGAGGACGCUGGGCCCCAGAGGGAGGCCCCGCCUUUGGUUCUUCCUCCUGUCUGGCCCGGCCUGCCCCAGUGCCUCUGCCUUGGGCCUCUCAGCAGUCACUGGUCACAUACAUCGUCAUUUUGCCCCAGGAGACUUCUUUCUUUGUGCCUUGAUGUUGGGAACACUUCUCUUCUGAGCAAACAUGAAUUUACUAUGUCUUGGAAGCCGUUUUUUUGUUUUGUUUUGUUUUUUGAUGAAACCAAAGUAGAGGGCAGAUGUGGCCAGGGUUCUCUGAAUAUGUGACUGUUUUUGCUUUGGGAAAGUUCAUUUGGGGUUUCCAACAACCAGAGUGUGUUGGGUAAGGUGUUACAGCUCUGGAAAAACAGUCAGGUGUUGGGAAAUAUAUGACUUAGCCCUGGUGAGGACUGGGAUCCACAACUCACCAACCUGAUCUGUGAAAUAAAACCCUUGGUGGUGUGAAAAUCUCGUCCUUCCAAUGGCAGAGCCUGCAAGUCUGCGGGAGCUCAGCGAGGGCCACUGUUCUGGCCUGGAAAGAGGCGGCCUAUCCCUGACAAGAGUGCUAUCCCCAAGGCAGCACAUGGGGACAGGAUGCCAGACUAGGUUUUGGAGGACUCUGUGGGUCAGAGGGUCUUGCAGGAGGAGAGUGGGUGUGAGCCAGGCUGCAGAUGGGACCAGGGGUCCACUUGUGAGCAGCAUGUCAGAUAGUGAGGACUCUGCACUCGGGCUUUGGGGAUGAACAUGUGGAGGCUGGAUCCCUGCUGAGAGGUCUGCCUGGACCCCAAAGACAGAGGGUAUAGCCCAGCAGCACCCCAGUUACGUGGGGGAGGGAGGUUUUGCCUUGUGGGAUCCAUCCUAGGGGUUCUCCAACAAUGGCUCUUGUUUAAGGGUUCAAUCGAGCCUUUACACACAUGGUCCCCUGCAGGUGGCAACAGGGACAAGGAAGGACUGGAAAUGUGGAGGGGGAUCCUGAAGGAGGUGGCUAGCAGUCAAGCCCCUGUAGUUUCUUGAAUUGCUUCAAAUCCAGAUGUGAUCUAUUUCCCAGCUUGGCUGCUGCAGGAGUAAGUGAGAGCUGCCUUGCAAUGUACUGCAGUGUGUUAACACCAAGUGUUUCGCCCUCACGUCAGCUGCUGGCUCCCCUCCCACACUCUCACCUGCCUCAGUCUCUCUCCAGGCCACAGGGUAACAGCCACCAAGCAUGCAGGCACCUGGGCAUUAGGGAGCCUGGGGAGGACCCUGCCCACACUGCAGGGACGCUCUGCUACAGGCAGCAGCAGGCUUUGUCCUCUCUCCCCUUUGCCAGGAGUCCUCCUCCUGACCAUCUGCCUUCCCCAGGGGAAAGUUAGGGAAGUCACAGCCAGCUCAGGAGUCUGGGGACCCAGCAUGUCCCACAGUGGAAUGGAAGGAGCUAGAGAGAGAUAUCUGAAGAAGCUGAGGAGUGAGGUUUGAGUUCAGCCUCCUCAUACACUCUGGGGCCGUGCAGAGGAACAUGAUAGAAAACUUCAAGAUGUCAUUACUCACUAGCAUUACAGCCCCUCUGAAGAAAGUAGCCACACUCUCAAAAUGACAAAGGGAAUAUUUUAAAACUUUUCCUUAAAAAUUGAAAAACUUGGAUUCAUGCUUGCUGUAUGGUAUAUAAAACCAGUGUGUGUCUCAGAUCAUGAGAUUUCUGGUGGAAAGAGAAAAUAGGUAGAAGGUAGUAUAUUUUUAUAUUUUUGUAACAAUUGCUUUUUCAUGGGUGGGGGAGAAAGGGUUAGUAUUUAUAGUCUUAACAAGUCUGGUAAUUUUUUAUAAAUCUCUUCAAAAUAUAAAUAACCCCUAAAAACUUUGCAAUAUUUACAUGAUUUUUUAAAACAUGCUGUAUACAUUUGGUUUGCUUUUAAAAUAAUGACUAAUAAGGUCGGCUGGUUUAGAGGUUAACUUCAGGUAGGAAUGAUGAUCAUGUAGACUGGAUUUUCUACAGCUUCUAUCCUGGUGCCUUUCCUUUGGGGCGUCAGCUGAAAGAGUUGUGUGUCAUCUGGGGUCGCACUUGGGAUCUACACCUGGGAUGCUUCUGCAGCUCUUCCAGAUGGGUGGCAUGCAGGAAGCUUGCGCUGAGCGGUGCCUCACACCAGCCAUCAGCGCACACCUCAAGGCCACUGGUUGUUCCUGUUCUGAUAUGUGGAGUUUGGGAGAAAACAGACCUGCCCGUGGCUGUUUUCCCACCUAGGUUCUCACAGCCUCCUGACGGAGGUACUUAAUGAUAGUUCUGCUGUAAAUUUCUAAACAAUAAAAUACGUGUCCAAAA